CCCACCUGAGGAUUGCAUAGUUAGUCACCGUCCGACCUGCAGCCGCAUUGCUGCUGCAUCUGCUUUUGGCUUAGUUGGUGUUUAGUGCUGUAAAAAUAGUUUGUUUUACUUCUGCAUAAUGGCCUCGUCGCUCCGAGCGGCGGCCGUGACGUUGCUGGCGUUGGUGCUCGCGAGUCUUCACGAGUGCAGCCCCCAAAGCGACAGGCCGACCCUGUCGCUGAACGGCGGCAGUUACGGUCUGACCGGCGGCCCCACCCUGAUUCCGCCCGCCGCCACGAACCGCCCAGGCUCCCUGUACGACGGCGGCGCCUCCUACGGGCUCGGGGGCCAGGGGGUCAGACCCGGCGGCGGCUACGGCGGCGGCGGCUUCAACGGACCCCCCGGAGGUGGGGGUUUCAGCAGGCCGCCAGGCGGAGGGUUUGGCGGACCUACGGGGGCAGGAGGCGGUGGCGGAGGAGGGUACCCCCGUCCACCGGGUGCGGGAGGCGGGGGUGGAGGAGGAUUCGGCCGUCCACCGGGGGCAGGAGGGGGCGGCGUAGGCUUCAGUAUAAACGGUAACGGGCCCCGACCUGGAGGAUUCGGAGGAUCUAUCAACGGGGGUGGACCAGGAGGAGGCGGCUUUGGCGGUUUUAACUCUGAUCCAAGCAAUUUCAUCGAGCCACUCGGGGGUGGAUUCACCAACAGACCGCCAGGAGCUGCACCUCCUGUGCACGAACUGGACGAAGAUGGUCCCUACUACAGGCCACACUUCCGGCCGCCUUUCGGAAUCAGCGGCGGCUACCUGCCCUUCCCGACGAAAUACGGCCAAGGUGGCACCUCAGGGGACGUUCCCUUUGGUGGCACCGGCGUCAGCAACUUCCAGGGUGGCGGAAUCCUUCCUGGCGGCCGGCCGCCUCAGAAGGUUCCCCACCGGCCACUCAUCGGCGGCGGCGGCGGCGGCGCCCACCUCGGCAAUCUGCCGCCGGGCGUCAACAUCAACAACAUCAACAACCCGAAACCGUUGUUCGGCGGAGGUGGCGGUGGCGGCGGCGGCGGCGGUUUCGGCGGCAGUCCGCACCUUUCGCAGUCUGACCGGCCCGGCUUCGCGCCGAGUGGGCCGGCCGGUGGGCCUCCAGGUCUUCGGCCCGGGCCCUACGGUGGAGGCGUAGGCGGAAACCGGCCCUUUGGUGGGAGCCCCUCUGUGGGCAUUCCGCCGCCUUACGAGGACCCCAAUCUGAAGGACCCGGCUUUGUUUACUGGCGGGUACGACACGUGCAAGUGCGCCCUCAGCUUCAACUGUAACUCGCCCGGCAUCAAAUUCGGUAAUUGCGACGCUGGAAAGCAGUAUUGCUGCUACAAUUCGCGCGUGGCCGGCUCCAAGAAGCAGCGGCCGUCGUCCUUCUUCGGCAACACGGCGCUGCACCAGUACUACGGCCGGCCGGAGCACCAGCCCAGCGGAGGAGGUGACGACCUAAGGCGGCCGGUAAGGGGGCCGGGGGUGCUCGUGGGGCCUGGCGGGCCGGUGGACGGGGCUCCGACCGCUCAUCCCAGGAGGAGCAGCGAAUUGCCCGCUACCAACAAACUCUUCCCCGGCGACAAUUGAUUUGAUUUCUAUUUUGUUAAAUUUAAUUUGAGCUAGACGGCUGUGUGUUGACACGUUUUAAAACUUCCUAGAUCGUGCCAGUGAUUGAUUCUGUCCCAUUUGUAAGGCAUUAGUGAUAAUCAGGGAAAACUGACGCUAUAUUUCCCUGCAUAAAAACUAAAAGAGUGAUGCUUGUGCUCACCAAUGGUGGUGAUGACGAUGAUUGAGUAGAAGAGGGCGCCCGAGAAGGUCCACUGGUUGGCCUCGUCGUUCUCCGUGCCGUCCCAGCCGUGCUUCUUCAUUGCGGUCAGCAGGUCCUUCUCGAACUCCUUCAGCUCGACGAUGACCCGCUCGGUCCAGUUCUCCUGGCGCAGCACGUCGCUGUCCUGGGUCAGCUGCCACAGGCGCUCUGUGCAGUUGCCUCGCUUGUACUUGAUGUCCACUUUGCGCGAGACCUCGUUGUUGGCCUCCAACGCCUACCAUCACAUUAAAAAUGUAUCAGUUUGUAACUAAUUUAUUUCUUAGGUGUAUCGUAUUUUUUAAUUUAAAAAUAAAAAAGCAAGCAAUUCGCAUUUCUGUCA